AUGACAGGCCGUACGGUUGGAUACUGCAUUAGAAGAACGAAUAUGAAUGUUACACUUCUGCUCGUGCUGUUGGCCUGCGUGUUCGCGAUACAAGCGGCGCCGUUAAGAGGCCGGCGCGGAAUGACGGGGGAGGAGCAGCAUGAGCAGGAGUACAUCGAAAUGCCGCAAGACGACGACAACGCGGCGCGCGCCAACGAGCUGCCUUCAUUCGAACGGUCCAUGGAGCUAUAUCGCGCCUGGGAGCGGGUCUACGGCCUCGCGGACCCUGCGCAACCGCCCGCGCGCAUUGCCCUGCCGCCCAACGUGCCGCGCGCGCCGCACCUGGAGGACUGCUCGGCGCGCAGCGCAUUCCGCCGGCAGACAGAGGCGCGCGGGGCGCGCGGGGAAGCGCCCGCGUGGACCAGUGCGCCGAGCGAGUGCCGCUACCCGCAACCGCCUUGGGUGCGCGGAUCGGACGCCGCCAAUCUCGCCGCCACGCGCCAGGCGCAGGCCGACAUUUGGCUGCACCAGUUCCCCGCACCGUCCCCCUCCGCAUCCGCGCAAGCCGCCAGGGGGGCCUGCGGCGGGCGGCGCUUGCUGGUGGUGCCGUGGCCGAGCCGCAGAAACGGCAUCGGAUCGCAGAUUCACAUCAUGAGCGCGUGGUUGAACCACGCCCUGUCGCACGACCGCAUUCUCGUCCCCACGCCUGGAUCAUUCGAGCGCGCCAACCACUCCCAUUGCACUGGCGCAGACAAGGGCUCCUUCUCCUGCUACUUCUUCCCCGUCGUCUCCCCCGCCUGCGACGAAGCCGCACUCGAAGCCAUUGCGGCCGUCGCAGCAGCAGCGCCAGCAGAAAAGGGUGGGGUGCGGGAGGUGGUGAUGGGGGGAGGGGUGAGCGUGCUGGCAACGAGUCCCACGGGCAUGGGCGCGGAGGAGAUGGCGGCGGUAAUGGCGUCCGACGCGCGCGUUCUGCUCUUCACUGAGUCUACUUUCCCCCCUCAUUCCACAGCGCUUGCUGCCAGCGUGCUGGCGACGAGUCCCACGGGCAUGGGCGCGGAGGACAUGGCGGCGGUACUGGCGUCCGACGCGCGCAUUCUGCUCUUCACUGAGUCGACUUUCCCCCCGCACGCCACGGCGCUUGCUGCCAGAGAGAAGGGGUCACGCGGAGGUGAUGGGUGGGCCGUUCUAACUGUCUUACCUGCGCCCGUUCCAAACCCCUCCUUUCCAUCCCCAUCUCCGUCCCAUCAGGCGGUGGGGCACGGCGUUUCUGAAGAGCAUGGGGGAAACAGAGGCGAUGUGAAGGCUCACUCUCUCCUCUCCCACCUGCGCCCCUCCAAUCCAUCCCCUCCUCCCAUCUCCCUCACACCAGGUGGUGGGGAACAGCAUACCUGGAGAGCAGGGGGACCACGGAGCAUACCUGGAGAGCAGGAGGGCCACGGAGGUGAUCGGGAGGGUCACUCUAUUCUCUCACCUCUCCUCCCACCCCUUCUUACCUCCUCCCCUCACUCCCAUCUCCCUCACACCAGGUGGUGGGGAACAGCAUACCUGGAGAGCAGGGGGGACACGGAGGUGAUGGGGAGGGUCACUCUAUUCUCUCACCUCUCCUCCCACCCCUUCUUACCUCCUCCCUUCACUCCCAUCUCCCUCACACCAGACGGUGGGGAGCAGCAUAUCUGGAGAGCAAUGGGGACACGGAGGCGGUGGGGAACAGCAUAUCUGGAGAGCAGGGGGGACACGGAGGUGAUGGGGCGGGUGCGCGCGGAAAACCCUCCGUACCUGCAGGUGCACUGGUGGCGCGCGCAAUCCUUCCGCUUCAUGCUGCGCUGGCCCUCCGCCUACCUCUGCCACCUCACCAACCGCGCCCGCCACGAGGCCUACGGCCUGCCUGUCGCCACCCGCCUCGUCAACUCCCUCUUGCAGCAGCAAAACAUCAUCGCCUCCCUCUCCUCCACUUCCUCCUCCGCUUCUCCCUCCCUCCAAGACUCGGCCAACCCGGACAAUCUCAAGAUUAACGCAUCAUCCGAAGCAGCCGUGCUAGCAGCUCUCUCUUUCUCCCCGCAAACCUCCCUCGAAACCAGGGCCUGGCCGGCUCUAGGCUUCGACGGAUGCUCCUCUGAAACCCAUGUCUCCCCGGAAAUCGCCCGCCAACUCGACCUCACUCCCUCCUCCUCCGCCUCCUCCUCUCUCCCGCUCACUUUCACGCCACAAGGCAUAGUGGAUUCGGUGUAUGAGGGGGUGGGAGGGGAGGUGUACAUGCCGCGGCCGGUGGUGAGCGUGCAUGUGCGGCAGGGCGACAAGGCAAUAGAAAUGGAGCUCUCCUCCUUCGCCUCCUACAUGUUCCUUGCGCACCGCCUCCGCUCCCACACGCCGGAUCUGCAGUACGCCUGGCUCAGCACAGAAAUGGAGGGCGACAAGGCAAUCGAGUUGGAGCUCUCCUCCUUCGCAUCCUACAUUCGGUGGUCCAGCAGUCUCGAACUCGCAUACAAGGACUGGACCUUCUUCUACACUCGCAACAAGAGGCAGACAGGAGCAACAGCCAUGGUGGCUUACGAGCAGGACGCGGGUGUAGAGCUGCUGGUGGGGGUGAGCUUUGCCAACCUCAUUAUAGCGUCGGAGUGCGAUUAUUUCAUUGGUCCCCUUAAGUCCAACUGGAACAGGCUAAUCAAUGGCCUGAGAAUGACGAAUGGACGCAUGAAUAGGGGAUAUGCAGCUCUCAAUUUCGGAGGGUGGUAG